UGUGUCGUAGUACGCUUAGAAGUAGUUCAAAAUUGGGGACCGCCAAGUUACGAGUCCCAAGUGCCGUUCGUAUCCAACAAGGCACUGAUAGUGCAGCAGGUCUCCUUGAACGUGCCGGUCGGUAAAUAGAUUUUGCCUCUCGUUUUUGUGGGACAUUUACGCCAGUGAUGACAUCACUGUCUGGCAUCAGUGCUGAUGGUGUGCAUAAAAAUGGAACAUCGGACAUUCACCAAAGUGCAGGGCCUUUUUUGAGUGGGCCACAAAUAAUGGACAACAACCAUUCUGUGGAAAUUCCCAACCUGGGUCUUGUGUCGGAGAAAAUUGAAAUAACUGCUCAGAAGCCAGCUGGAGAUAAAGCAGAAAUGCCACCAAUACCAGACAAGGGUCAAAGACUGGUUGAAGGUGUAGGAGAAAUUCUGCCAGUUUCUGAAAGGGCUCAAGCAGCAGUUUUGGACACAGCAGAUGCUUUGCCAUUGUCAAAUAAGGCUGAACAAUGUGAGCAAAAUGAGUCUGAGAAAAAAGUGUGCAUAGAAGCCAAGUCAACAGAGCCUAAACUAGUUCCUCAAGCUCAAGAAAUGGAGAAACCAGCACCUGAGCCAUUGUUGAAGGAGCCUGUGCUGACAGACCAGUUACAAUGCAAAAAAGAUAUGGAAAAAGAAAUGGCAUUAGAUACUGAAACAAGACAUGAUAAAGAGCAGUCAUGUGAUGUUGCUGAGGUGCCUGAAAGCCAACCUGAAUUGGAGUCUCCUGAUAUAGUUCAAGCGCUGGAGAACAGUCCUCAAAAGGAGGAGUCUCCUGAUGUCGGAAUCAUUCUAGAGGGCAAACCUCAAGAAGAAAAAUCCCCAGAACUGCCUGAGAUGCUCCCUCAAUCUUGUGAAGAUGAUACAGUGAUUGAAGAAGAAGUGGUGGAAACUAAUGGGGAGUCUCUACACCCAAAAAGUGGUUUGGCUCCAGAAAAGGAACCAAUGCCACCUCAGAAAGUGUCAGUUCAUGAAGAAAGAAAAUUGCCUGAAGAGCAGGAAAAAUUUUUGCUGGGGGCUGAGAAGCUUGCUUGCAAUGCACUUGAAGGGCAAGAAAAAGCUGUGUUGGAGACAGAGGAGCUGGUCCUCAAGGCACCUGAAGAGAAAGAAAGGAUGGUCCUUGGGGCAGAGGAGCUGGUUCACAAGGCACCUGAAGAGAAGGAAAAAGCUGUGUUGGAGACAGAGGAGCUGGCUCACAAGGCACCUAAAGAGAAAGAAACAGUUGUCUUGGGGACAGAGAAGCUGGCUCACAAGGCACCUCAAGAGAAGGAAAAAACUGUCCUGAAGACAGAGGAGCUGGUCCACAAGACAUCUGAAGAGAGAGAAACAGCUGUCUUGGGGGCAGAGGAGCUGGCCCACAAGGCAUGUGAAGAGAAAGAAAAAGCUGUCCUGGAGGCAGAGAAGCCAACUGACACUGUAGAUGAGACUUAUCAACAAGGUGUUACUGAGAAUGAAAAGGAGAGGGAGACAAAUGUGGAUGACAGGGAGUCAGAGCAGCCUGAGCUUAUGGAAGUAGAUGAUGUGGCUGUCAAAGUUGAUGAAGGGGGGACAAAGAAAUCUGAACAAAAGCCAGAUACUGCUGCAGGAUAUGAAGAUGCUGAACUGGAAGAACAUGUGCCGCUGCUGGAGCAGCCGGCGGAGACGAGCGGUCGCCGCCAGCGUCGCGCCGUCGACCGCUUCUCCGAGUCGACGCCUGAGGCGCGCCGCGCCAGCCUGCCGACGCCGGAGGGACGCGGCACCCGGCUCGGCGACUGCCCCAUCGUCGGCCGCAACAUUACGUCGAGCGGGACCGAGCCGCUGCACGUGCUGCACCAGGUGAUGUUCGGCCGCCAGGGCAGGCCGCACGAGCUGCGCCGCAACCUGCGCCAGUUCAACGGAUUCAGCUUCGAGCCCGACUCGGCCGCGCACGCCAAGAAGCGUGAGAGCCUGCUCAGGUACCAUGUGGACGUCCUGUACUCCCUCUGCCGCGUCCUGGACCUGGAGACCGAGGACAAGACGCAAGAGCAGCUGGCGGAGAGUGUGCUCGAGUACCUCCACCAGCCCAAGCCCUCCGACAAGGAGCCGAAGACACCCAAGAAACGCCAGUCACAGGGAAGGGACAACACCCCCGCCAGGAAGGGCAGCCGCAGCUCAGCCAGGAGAAGCGCGGCCGCCGCGACCACCGCCGACAAGCCUGACGAUGGUGGGGACGAGGACGAAGACCAGCACAGUGACGAGGAGGAGCAGCGGGUGGUGAAGAAGAAGAGAGCCACUCCGAAGAAGAUUCCAGCUAAGAAGACUCCAGCAAAGAAAACACCGGUUCGCAAAACCCCCGCGAAGAAAACACCAACCGCAAAGGCUAAGGGCACCUCGGCCAAGAAGGCCGCAGCGAAGCCGGCCGGCAGGAAGCCUCCGGCCAAGCGGACGCCGCAGACCAAGAGGAAGCGGGAGGAUGCGGGGGAUCAGCCAGCGGCCAAGAGAACGAAGUCCGGCAGGGCGACGGGGCGCAGUCGUCGCUAACAGGGGCUCGCUUCCACGGGCGCGGCGGCGGGCGUGAUGCGAGACGACCGCAGCGCCGUGCCGACGAACCGAACUCGCCAGCCGUGCGCUGCGGGCGAGCGCGCCGUCUGUGUCAGCGCGGGAUACGGACGCGGCGCGGCUGUACAGCGGGGUGUGCAGUGGAGGCUAGGGACUGCGGCGUGCCACAGUGGGGCGCCCGACGCGGGCGCGUGGCGCCCGGUAGAGCGAUAAGGACCGACACUGCGGUGCCGGAUAGCGUAAGGCGCGACGCCCUGCUGUACAACAGUGAAUGGGGGCGGUGGCGACGCGGCGGCGACAGCGGCGAGCUGGAGCGGCUCCUGGUGAGGGGUGACGGGGCGCCGGACACCACGCCUCCUGAGCUCGGCACCGACAGGCUCAACGGCUGCAAUGGUGGUCCAGCCCGAUGGGAGGCGUCGUCGCCCGCCAUCCGCUCCAGUCUGCCCCCGAGCGCCGCUGGGCACAGCCGCCAGGCGCCGCUCGCGCCCCUUGCGGCAUAUGCAAACACUGCUGCUUCCGCCGGCCGCCGCCAGUCGCGGGCGACCUGUACAAUGUGUAGUGUCGAGCCGAGCUCGUCUGUAGCAGUAGGUUUUACAGUACUUUGACUCCAGCCGUGGUUUGUCCGAGCGUGUGUUCUGACGAUGAUUCAGUGUGGGCGUACCGGCGGAGCGGCCGGCGCCGGCGUCCCGGUGCUUUUCGGACAAUUUUCGGAUCUCAGUACAACGAGCGCGUGACGCGCGCCUGGCGAGGGCACGCGGUGUGGGUGGGUCGCUGCCCUGUGCGACGCGAGCACCGGAUACAAAUACAAAUAGUGAGCCUCG